UCAACCCUACCACCAACUGCACCACUGCUUCGAUGGCGUUUCAUUAAAGUCAAAUCUACGGUUAAACUCCACCAGCUGAACGUCAGUCAGCGGUGUUCACCUGCUACACACACACACACUUUACUGGAGCUGCACCAUAAACAUCCCUGGAAUGUGAUGCUAAUGCUAACUAGCAUAGCUUCCCGAGCACCCUUCCUCCCACAGGCGAAACGAGCAUGACGCUGCAGUUUCCACGCGUGUCAGAAUAUCCGCGACCUGUCGUGAAUGUGGUGUUUUGAAAGGAAAACGCUUCCAGGUGAAGAAGAACCACAAAGUGUGUCCAGGGGACGAACCUUGAGAAACUGUUGCUCGCAGCCCGAGGUACCGGAAGUAGUAGUUUUGCAGCGUGGUAUCGCGGGAUUUCAGAAACCUCGUGGCUCCGGGACCGUGAUGCUCUGGGUGGAAACAGGAAGCAUCAAGACACUACAGUUCAUUCAUGAUUCUGCUCACUCACAUGUGUUGUGUUAUAGUGUGUGUCCUUCACACGUGGCUGAGCUGGAUUUAAAGGAUUAAACCACACAGAUGCAGUUUAAGGUUGAUGGUGUGUGAUCUCUCUCCUCCACUAUGACUGAUCUGUUUGCCUGUGAGGAGCCAGCUGCAUGGAGGAGUGUGCACGACCAGUACUGGGAUGUAGUGGAGGCCAAGGCCAAGAGCAAGAAACCUGGAAAACUGCUGAUCCUGGAUAAAUGGUACCAAGAGGAGCUGCCCAUGCUCAUUUCAGGUCGAUCUGACAAACAUGUCACUCUGUCAGAGCUGGUGAAGCUGAUGGAGUGGAAGCUCACAAGAGGGAAGUUCAGGCCGAGGCUGCAGCAGCUGGUGGCGUCCAACGGUGAGGAGACCGUGGAGAAAUGUUCCAGAAAGGCCUUCAGCCUCCUGCCUGAUGUGCAGGCGGCGAUCGCAGAGCUCAGCUCCCUCAAAGGAGUCGGGCCAGCCACUGCUUCAGCUGUGUUGGCGGCAGGAGCUCCAGAACAGACUGCAUUCAUGUCUGAUGAAGCCAUGGAGAGUGUGCCGGGACUGAAGCCCAUCCAGUACACAGCCAAGCAUUACGCGCUGUACCUGGGCAAGAUGGUCGAGAGAACAAAAAAACUAAACAAAGUCGAUCCCCAGCGGGACUGGACGCCCCACAGGCUGGAGCUGUGUUUGUGGGCGAUGCGCGUAGCCACUCAGCUGCAGCUCCCGCUAGUCGAGGAUGUGGAUGUGAAGGAAGGUGGCGCGGCGGCAAAGCGCUCAGACUCCGACACUGACCACAGGCCAAAGAAGAGGCUCAAAACAAAAUGAGACUCCCAAAUGUUAAGAUUUUAGUAAUAAACUUAGAUGUUUGUCAGUUUUUGUAUUUUUCCAAUGUAAUAAAGACUUAAAUUUA